AUGGAUAACGGUAUUUCUUUCCCCAAAUUGAUCAAGCCUGGGGUUUUUAGCUUCAAGCCUGAAUUCAGGAAGAAUGUCACUCUAUUGGAGGAGGAUGAUUCCAAAUUCGUCGAGAGCAGGCUGGAUGAUGGGAAGGCGGUGUUGGAUUUGGAUUUCCUGAUCAAGGGUUUCGAAUUGGGGAAUCGUGAUGUGUCGUCGCUCUUCUUCUUAGCGGGUGUGUUGUCGGCUGCUUAUGCUUAUGUUGUGCUUGCUUUCAUUGUUACAUACACCUGGGGGAACGGGAUCAUCUUCCUCAAAGUGGUGGAUCAUUUGGUGGGGAAUCGGAGAUCCUUUUUUCGAACAGUUUGGGACGGAUCGAACAUCGGACUGAAGCGGCUCUCGGGGUUUGUGCUGAUGAAAUGGGCUGUGAGGGACGCUCUAGCUCAGCUAAUGGGUAUAUUCUUCUUUGGUGAGAUUGAGGAUCAGUAUGUUUUCUUCAAAGUGUUCUUGAGGAUGAAGUUUAUGCCGUUUGCCAAUGUAGCCCCGUGGGUGAUCGGGCACGAGUGGGAGAGCGCAGGGUUCAUGGCGGUUUGGUUCUUGAGCGACGUGUUGCUUGGCUUGCUGUUUGCUGUGGGUUCUUGGGUAGCCAUUGUCGAUUCGAGACGGGGUGGGAGGGGGAUUGUGAGAGAAGGGUGUCACAUGCUGGUUGCUUUGUUCUACCCUGCAUUUGAGAUGAGGUGGAUGGAAGUCAUUGUUUGUGGAUCAGUCGGGAAAUGGGCGUUGAGGCGGGUGUUUGGGGAUUUCGUGGUACUCGUUUUCCAAUCAUCCAUGGAGGUGUAUUUCAUGGUGGCUUGGUUGGUGUUCUACCUCGCAGCAAGACACAAGGAUGAUACUUCACUCGGGAGAACGUUCGGCGCGCGGUGGAAGGUUUUCUUGAGGUUGCUAGGUGAUUGA